GUUCAAGACAUAUUAUCUAAUUGACAGAGAUAACAGAUGUCAACGAUUCUGAUACCGCGAUAAGAUCUCAUUGAUGGCUUACAUAACAGUAGAAUAUAAGACUGCCAAAAAGAUUGGCGUUACGUCCGUAGGCCGUAUCUAAUCAUGGAUUAGUGGGUAUGUGUGACGGUCAGUUAAUGCCAUUGUGGAUGUAAACACGGUGGAACAUGGCCGCUGUGAACGAGCUCUGCGAUCUGCUCCAGGCACAUGCUAAUCGAGAUAAGGUGGUAAACCUAGCAUGCUAUGCUCUCAAGCUAUGGGGCUUGUCAGCCAAGCGACAGGACGUGCUGACAGCGAGUGCUCGCCUGGCGGCCGCGAGAGCAUCCCUGCGACUCUUCGAUGAUGCACUGGCGUUGAAGACUGCACUCGCUUAUGGACUGGGGAAGCAGGAUGGCCCAUUCUGGGGUUCUCUCGGCGUGGCAAGCAGUGCAUUCGCCCUAUCGUACCUUCAAGCCGAGAAGCUGUCGUUUCUCAUCGACACUGGCAUGCUACACGUAUCCAAAGACACAGAAUUCAAAAUAAGAACGGCGCACAAACUCUUCUGGUCGCUGUCUGCUUUCGUCGGCUUCAUCAGAUCAAUCCGUGCCCUAAACGCGACAUCCGAAGCUCUGAACUCCCCGCAGCGCACAAAAUGCGCCCCAGCGAGGUUCACCCAAGCUUCUCUCACCACUACCAAGUUGCUACUGGAUACCAUACAUGCGGUGAGCUGGUUACCUCCUGGGUGGUUGUGGGGCAGUCGGUUGAGCGCGGAGAAUAUGACAACUGUGGCUACUAUGUCGGCGGUGUUGGGGCUUGUCAUACAUUAUCAUGGGAAGAGGUUUUAAACAUGAUGGUAUGGUGGUGAUUCUAAGAGAUUGGUGAGAAGAGUUAGGAGUAUAACUGUAUAAGGACUUGCUAAACUGUAUCGAGUUGCAUUUAAGUGAUUUAAGAUGAGCCAGCCAGGGAGCCAGGGAGAUUAUGGAAUACGCAAUGGAAGUGGUAAUGUAAUCACAAGAUUGCGAGUCCAUAAUUAAUCUAGUAGUUUUUUAGGUGAUGUAUAAAAGUGCUCAAGUAUUUAUUAAAUAAAUUAAUAUUGUUAUGUAGUUGUACUAGCUAAAUGUUUUCUACUUUCUUUAUCCAUCUUCCGCUCUGAGACAAGACUACUUCAAACCGAUGUCAUAAAUCGGCUUAAAACAUCUGAUAAAACUGUCGACUCGGGCGCAAUAAUCUUGUAGACAAAAGAUAAAACACGCGUUAAGCUACUCUGUCGAAUUUAUUAGUUAAAUAGAUUAGUAUAUUUCCACUGUAUGAUAAUAGAAUUAAGUAUUAGAAUAAGUUUUAGGGAUAAACGCAAUUAAAUGUAAAACCAAUAUAUAUUGAAAAUUAUAUUUAUUUAAAGCCAAAA